UUAAAACUCAAAUAUUUUUUUUUGUCUAACUAGUUCCUUUAAAAAAAUUAGGUUAUUAUCAUCUUCCCAACUAUAACAAAGAUUCUACUAUAUGUAUGGAAAAAAUUAUAAAGUACAUAAAGGUAUUAUUAAAGGUAAAUCCAAAAACUUGUUUUACCUAUUUUUAUCAGAAGCAAUUGAUCACCAUCACCUGAAAACCACAAAUUGCUUGAGUUUGUUAAAACUGGCUCUGACAAGUGUCAUACAAGUGAUCCCAUUUGCCACGUGUCAUGUCCUUUUUAUGUAACCUAGGACUUGAAAACCACAAGUGCAAAUAACCUAGAUGACACUUGUUAGAGAGCGACGUCACCAAGAACCUCUCACACUCUCUAUUCCACCACUUCUUUACCACCGCACGGCCUUCUCCGUCGCAUCUUCUUCAUCGUCAAGCCCUGACUCAUCGCCGGUUGAAACCAUAAACGAUCUCGAGAAACUCGCCGUUUUAGGACAAGGAAGCGGUGGGACAGUCUACAAAACCCGUCACCGGAGAACCAAAACACUCUACGCGUUAAAAGUCCUUAGGUCAAAUCUCAACACCACGACGACGACAACCACCGCCGUGGAAGUAGACAUUCUCAAGCGAAUCAAAUCCAGCUUUAUUGUCAAAUGCUACGCUGUUUUCCUUAAUUCAUCCGAUCUCUGUUUCGUGAUGGAGCUAAUGGAGAAAGGAUCUCUCCACGACGCGUUGCUUGCUCAACAAGUUUUCACCGAGCCAAUGAUAUCGACUCUCGCUAACAGAAUCCUCCAAGGGUUACGUUAUCUGCAAGAAAUGAGAAUAGUUCAUGGAGACAUAAAGCCUUCAAAUCUCCUUAUCAAUAAUAAAGGAGAGGUCAAGAUUGCAGAUUUUGGUGCGAGCAGGAUUGUAGCCGGAGGAGACUAUGGAUCCAAUGGUACAUGUGCUUAUAUGAGUCCUGAACGUGUGGAUCCAGAGAAAUGGGGUUUUGGAGGAGAAGUUGGAUUUGCAGGAGAUGUGUGGUCAUUAGGAGUUGUGGUUCUUGAGUGUUACAUUGGAAGAUAUCCAUUGACCAAAGUUGGGGAUAAACCGGAUUGGGCGGCUUUGAUUUGUGCGAUUUGCUGCAAUGAGAAGGUGGAGAUUCCGGUGAGUGGUUCGCCGGAGUUUAGAGAUUUUGUUGGGAGAUGUUUGGAGAAGGAUUGGAGGAAGAGAGGCACUGUGGAAGAGCUUCUUCGUCAUUCUUUUGUGAAAAACAGAUAGCAGUAGUCUCGGUUUGGUUUUCACUUUUCAGGAUUGAGAAAAACUAGUCAUAUAAUAAACUAAAAACCGAACUUUAAUUUCA